AAUCCAAAAUGGACACCGUUAGAAGUCAUCUGCAAUACAUAUGUUCAAAAGUCAUUCCUUCCCAGAAUUUCUGGACAGAAAUGACAACAUCAGGGCUGCUUGAUGCUGCUGCAAUCUCAGCAUUUAAGGAAAGAAGUGUUUCUUCACAGCAAGAGAUGGCAUUUUGUUUGCUAUUUCUGACUUCAAAAAAAAGUCAUAGCAUUCAAGACUUCAUUAAACUGGUUCAAUCUACUCAGCCACAGCUACAACCAGAUCAAGUGAAGCAAAUGAAAGACUUCAUGAAAGAAGGAUGGGAGGUAUUCCGAGAACAAGUUAUAAAAGUUCUCCUUAGUUUCAUCCACACCGAAGUGGCCACUCACCAUGAAGAGCAAACAAGAAUGGAACCAGUCUCCAGUCAGGUAGAAACAGAACCAAUACACAACAGUGAAACAAUUAGGAAGCUUCAGAAGGAAAACAGUGAUUUGAGAGACAAAAUUCAACGUUAUGAAAUGAAAUUGCAAUAUAGUCAAUCAAAGGAUAUUCAAGAGAGGCGGCUUUUGGCAUAUACUGCAUGGAAGAAAGACAAUCCCUUCAGAAGAACAUCAGCCACCCAAACAGACCUAGAGAGCACCAGUCAUAAAGAUAUUGAUACCAUGACAGUAUCAAUGUCUGAAAACAAGGACAUGCAGACCACAAUGACUCUUGCCAACAUUGAGGAAUUGGAACAAAAGAUUAAAAUGAUGGAAGAAAGCUUCAGAAAACAGCCAGAUACAAAACUGAAAAGCACACAAACCAAUCUCACUCUUCUGACAAUGGAGAAAACUGGUGAGGAAAAGACACAAAAGCCAAGACGUCCAAAAACAGCACCAAUACCUGAUCAAACCCCAAGUAGAAAAGAAGUCCCUGUUAAAUCAGUUAAACAACAACCUACUGAAAAGAUUGAUAGUGGUACUCUGGAAGUAGAUGAAGAGGGUGGGACCCUGGAACUAUCAAAUGCAGCAUUCACCGUUCCUCCCAACUCAGUGGACAGUCAUGUAACCAUGAAUGCUGCAACUUAUCUCCCUAGCCAAGACCAAAUCAAAGAACUAGAGCAAGGGCAAGUAUCAUCAGAAGUCCAACCUGGAAAACGAUUCAAACUGACAACAAUGCCUUCUACUGUAAUCAAAAAGAUCCAUGUUAAGUCUAAAAUUCCACCAGAUGCAAAAUAUCGGAGGUGUGUGCCUCAAAGUUUUAUGCUGCACAAAACCAGAAAGAGAAGAAACCCCACAGAAACACAGUAUGAAGACGUUACCAGUGUGUGCAAUUGCAAUAAGUCUGGAGCUGACAUGGUGGAAUACACCAUCAAUGGGUGUGGAGAAUACCAGGAGUACUGGGCCAUCCGAGUGGAGCUGAAAGAUCAAGAAAUUGAGAUACUUAAAGAAAGAGUAGCAAACCUGAGGAACCUGGGUACUUGUAUUUGUGACUUCACAGCUUUUGUACCCCUAGCAUUCCCUCCUAACAGCAUUUCUGUAUCAGCCACAAACCAAGACUUAAAACGCAAAUGCCCGUCAAUAAAAGAGCUCAGACAGGAUAACAUGAAAGAAACUGACUAUCAGCCUAGUUCUCACUCUAUACAUCACAACGAUCUUCUGAUAUUCAAAAAGGAUAAGAAGACAGUGAUUUCAAGAAAGGAGGUUGACAUGACCCAACUGAGAGCAAAAGGACAGAACUUCUUGAUUUCACUGGGGAAGGGUGAAUUAAUACCUACAGAAGUGUCUAUAGUUCGCAGCCAUGUUUACAGUGUAACACAUGAAAAUGAUCCAGUCAUACUAUGCACCCUGACCUUUUAUGAUGCAAGCCUUGUUUCACCUUCUUUACCCUACAGUAUGCCUUAUCAGAAGUGCCUGAAAAAAAACUGGUGCCUUCUCGUAGAUAAUUUGGAUGUUUCCAGUGUCCUCAACUACCUGUUUCAAGAAGACAUCAUAAGCGGACGUCAAAAAAAUGAGAUCAAGAGCAAGCAUGUAAAAGAAGAAAAAAAUGAAAAACUUUUGGAAAUACUAAUGACUGCUGGAGAAAAGGGGUUUCAAAUUUUCUGUACUUCAUUGGACCAAAGCGAGGGGUCUCAGUGGCUUGUUAAAAUACUGCGAGAUACUUGAAUAUAGUAAAAUUAAAGCAUAGAUCUAUACAAUGUGAAAAUCUAUUGAAGAGAAAUAUCUAAAAAAAAAACUGGCUUAUCAUUUGUCAGAAACAAGUAAAACUUUCACUUAUAUACUCUAAAUGGAUGAAUGCAAGGAAAGACAAAAAUACAGACAGAUAUCUGUAUGUAUUUAAUGUAUGCACGUUAAUUUUAAGUCAGACAGAAGGACAGUUAAUUAUCUGUUUGUAUAACUUUGCAUGUAAAUUUUGUAAGUCCAGCAAACAAUGCAGUCUGACAUUCUCCAACAGAAGUAUUCCUGACACAAAUUACAAUUAAUGUAAUCAUUAUAUGUUCAUGUAUGAGACUUAAUGAACAUGAAGUAUUGCAAGAAUUAAGUCUGCCAGAAACACAUUUGAAAGAAGACUUAACAUGCACUGAUUUACCCACUCAGGCAAGAGCACAAUAUACAAACUACACUUAUUAUUAUUUUAAUUUGACUGAAGAAUGGCAAUUUAACACAUUGUCAGGAACCACAGUAUAGAAAAGGUGUAAUUGCUUCUUCAAGGUGUUGCUUGUCCUGAAUCAUUAUUAUUAUCUUUACUAUCCUCAAAUAUUUCAUUGUAUAUAAAGGUUCUUUGGUGUCGUUCACAUUAUUAUCAUUGUUAUUUUGUAACCUUUCAAUAUAAAAAUUUCUCAUGGUUAUGCUUAUAUUCUCAGUAUCAAAGC